CUGCCUACAUCACAACAGUCCGGUUCCCAACCAGAUCAAAGGCAAAACGAUGACCCGCGUAGUAAUCGUCGGUGGAGGCGCAGCAGGAAUCAACACCGCGCAGGCGCUGGCCAAGAACCUCACGGAGGAUGAUGACGCAGAGGUCGUCGUGCUUGAGAAGAACGCCCACUUCUAUCACGUUGUCGGUGCCCCACGAGCCUAUGUGGAUGCCGACUACACCAACAAGAUGUUUAUCCCCUAUGACAACGCCAUCCCCAAACACGCCGCCAAGUUCGUUCGCAUCGUGCGCGGAGUAGCGACACACAUUUCGGCCGACACAAAUGAAGUGUCAUACCACGCAAUCGAUAGCAACGACAAGGAGAGUGAGGCGACGUCGAAGUUGAAGUUCGACUACCUGGUUUUGGCCACAGGUAGUUCGUACUCGGUGCCUAUCAAACCCGACAGUCGUGACCACGCUCGCUCGGCGACAGAGGCAAAGCUACAAGAAGUACGUGGCCACAUUGAAAAAGCGGAGAGGAUCUUGGUCGUCGGUGGAGGUGCCGUGGGUUGCGAGGUGGCUGCGGAGAUCAAGUCGAAAUACCCGAAAAAGUCGGUGACGAUCGUGGACGCGAACAAACAGCUCAUCGCAGGCAACAACCUUCGCGAUAAGUUCUACUCGUAUUUGAAUGCUUCAAUGGAGAAGCUUGGGGUGAAGGUGAUUGUGGGCGAGCGUUUGACAGAACGUCUGAGCAGCAACGGCUUCGAGACGCGGACAUUGCGCACUGAUCAGGGCACGGAGAUCACGUCGGAUAUCCAGCUUCUUUGUGGCGGAUUCAGCCCCGUGGCCGCGUUGGUGAAAGAGAUGGAUGCGUCGCUGGUGACCGAGCGUGGAUCUGUCAAGGUGAACGACAAUUUGCAGCUGGAGGGUGAGAAAUACGCUCACAUUUUUGCUCUGGGUGACGUGUGCAACCAUCCAGCACCAAAAAUGGCAUUCAUCGCUGGUGAGCAAGGGAAAUUUCUGGCUGGCGAGCUGGCGGCGGUGAUUCAAAAGAAACAAACAGAAUUUAUGAAGCCAUUCGAUACUCCAGCCGUACCCGCGAUGAUUCUGCCUCUAGGUCCGCGCGGUGGAGUUUCGCAGCUACCUUUUUGGGGCGGCGUUGUGGUCGGUGACUGGUUCACGUGGUUGCUCAAGUCGAGGGACUAUUUUGCAGGCCGAAUCUGGGCUAGCAUCGGCGCGACAGUUCCCAGCAAUUAG